ACUAAAUAUUAUUAAACUAAACAAUUUUUCUCUAAGUAAAAUUCGUGGAUUAUUUUUAUUUUACAUAAAAUAAUUUAAUCUCAUUGUUUUAUAGAUAUAAAAUCAAUGAAAUUAAUAAUUUUCGUGGUCAAAUUUCAACGCAUAUUUCUUCAACGCAAAUUUCCUCGACAAAAACCUCCUCCAAAUCACUCCAUACAAAACUCUAUAUAGAUCUCGAUCCACAAACACACUUCUCCGUAUUUAACGUACAUAUCCAUAACAUAUCAACAUAUCGACAUACAAUAAACAAAAUUUAUUUACUUUAUUACAUUAUUACUCGUGCAAUAAUUUAAUUUCAUCCUUCAUCAAAUUUCAAUAAUAAUAAUUUAACCACCGUAUCGCUCUCAAGCUCACUCCAUAUAUAUUCAAUCUCUCAUUCGCGCCAAACUCACAUUUUAAAAACUCUCAACUCCACCCCUUCAUCGCUUCGAAUUUAUUGUAAGAGAGAAAAAAGAGAAAAAAAAAAUUUAACAUUUUAACGUUUCGAAACGAAGGGGAAUUUAAUUCAGAAGUAAAUUUGACCGCGUUAAACCCUCCAUCGAGCAGGAACCGCAACCAGAAUCGCAUCCCCUCGCGGUGCCGGCACGAACAGGUGUCUGUGGUCUAUGUAUCGUCGCGUUGGUGGGCCGUCCGUGGCUCGACGCAAGCGCACGCGUUCGAAAACCUAACCUAUAACAGUAGGAUCUCGAUCAGGGUUGGGGGUGAUGCACGCCGGCUGAAAGAAGGGGCGCUGGGAGGAAUGAGGGCCAGUGGGCUAGUAGUAUCCGCGAUAACGUCGUCUCAGUAGAUCGUCGGCCGUCGCGCGGCUCCUCUCGCCUCUUCACGAGGAAGUAACGCGCGAGCCAGAAGCUCGUGAACCGGAAGUACGGCUGGGGCAGCCGCGAGUCACGUGUUUCGCGCGCGACACGUCUCGUGGACUCGUGUGGUUAUUAAGUCUGUUCCUGAGUGUUGUUGCAGUGUUGUUUCCCUUUGAAAUUCGGUGUUUGUGCGUGGUGGAUCGAGUGUGUGAGUGUUGUUGUUGUCGUGUGGUUCAUUUGAAGAUUUCGUAUAACGAAUAUUGAAAUUAAAGGAGGAAGGUUUUUUUCUGGAAAAGUUGUAAGUGGUGAGAUGCGAGGAGGAAUUGUGUCCAUCGGCGUGGUUGCCUUUUAAUUAAUCGAAGAUUGGAGAAGAAGGAUCACUCCAAUGCAUGGUCCAAUGGACUAACCCACCCAAAACCGAUCCAAGACGUCGACGCGGCCGCAUUCACGCAGAUGCCCUCCAUUUCACCAGAGAGGACCCAAUAAAGACAAGCUAUACCCAGAUCAGCUGUCUUGUUGAGCGAUGAUCGACUCGUCGACGACGACGAUCGAUCGCGCGGAUCCUCACGAGGCCGUGGUCGACAGCUGUUACCAGGAUCUUUUGCUGUUGGCGAACGACAGCAGCGCGCUCUGCAACGGAUCAGGAUUGGACGUACUGAACGACACCGUCGAUCUAGAGAUCGACUCGGUGAACGGGACGCGGUUGGACGUUGACGGAUUGAACAAUUGGUGGGCGAUGCUCGCCUUGGUCCUGGUGUUGGGCACAGCAGCCGGGAAUAUUUUGGUGUGCUUGGCCAUUGCCAGAGAGAGGAGAUUGCAAAACGUCACCAAUUACUUCCUGAUGAGCUUGGCAAUUACGGAUUUGCUCGUCGCCGUGCUUGUAAUGCCUCUUGGAAUACUCACUUUGGUCAGAGGAUAUUUCCCUCUGCCGUCAGUUUACUGCCUCGCUUGGAUCUGCCUGGAUGUAUUAUUAUGCACAGCGAGCAUCAUGCACUUGUGCACCAUAAGCGUGGACCGAUACCUCAGUCUACGGUAUCCCAUGAAAUUCGGUCGGAAUAAGACGAGGCGGCGGGUCAUGUUGAAAAUCAGCUUCGUCUGGGUUCUCAGCAUCGCGAUGAGUUUGCCACUCAGUCUGAUGUACUCGAAGGAGGACGACUCGGUGCUGGUGGACGGUGCCUGUCAAAUACCGGAUCCUCUGUACAAGUUGAUCGGCAGCAUAAUCUGCUUUUACAUACCGUUGGGCGUGAUGCUGCUUACGUACGCGUUGACAGUGAGAUUGCUGGCGAAACAGCAACAGAAUAUAGGAGGAACUACUGGUUGGUCCUCCGGAUGGCUGGGUGGCCCGCAGGGCCCAUCUUCGGGAGGCCUGGACAGGAAAGGCACGUGGAAGCGAUUUCUGUUGAGCAAAAGCCCGGCCGGAAGUGGCGGUACACCGCAACACACUUCCGGCACGUCGACAGACACCGAGCUGACGACACUGGACACUCACGAGCUCUGGCUUCCGGAAAGCGAGCCGCCACCCUCGGCCAUGUUCGCUCUUCACGCUUUUGGCGCAGAGAUGCUCAAGUUGUCAAGGGGCCUGGAGGGUAUCACCAGCCCUGGAAGCCCUAUGGGCACACCGAGGUCCACGCCUCAACACUCGAUCCAGCAACAUCAGCAUCAGCAACAGUCGCACAGAUGCAGCUUCCGUCACGGGAGCGGAGAGAGCGGCGGCAGCAGCGCUUCCGGUUCCAGGACGAGCCUCUCGAUCCAAGAAGAUCUCAGCUCGCCAACGCCGUGGAAGCAUCCACGACGACGCGCGUCCACGUUCAACGAGGCGCAUCUGGAGCGGACCGAGUCGGGAUCGCCGAAGACGCCGAGGAAACGAUCGUUCAGCUUUCACGAGCAGCCCGUGUUCGGCCGUGGCUCCUCCGUUUCGAGGAAGAGCUCCUCGAACGAGGAAACGCCGCAGAGCCGGAAGUCGAGCGAUAAACAGGAGGGGGAGAUCGCCCUUCCGCCACCGUGCACGUGUCCAUACUUCGGCGAAUCGUCGAGGAAACCCCCGCCCCAGCCGUCGACCGAGAUCGUGAUCGUUUCUAGCGAUACCAUGAGGCCGAUCUCGGGGAAGAAUCUCGAGGCGGCUUUCCUGGGAAGGAGCAACAGCGGCAGGAUGGAGGGCAGCAGAAGCUACGAGCUGAAUUCCGUUGUUACGUGGAGAGGGUGCAGGAGGGGGUCUAGUUUGGGAGGAAGCACGAGAACCACUCUGCUAACGUCAAGACCAGCCCCGAUCCGCCGCGCGGCGACGAUGCGUGCCCACAACGGCGCCGCGAGCAUCAGCUCGAGGCAAAGCAGCAAUUCAUCCUCUCCGUGCCCUCACAGAUACCAAACGACAGUACGCAGCCAUCACUCGAGGACGAGCAGCGUGGUGUCCCGCAACAGCUCGCGCCAUGGUCGGAUUAUCAGGCUCGAGCAGAAAGCCACCAAAGUGCUUGGGGUAGUGUUCUUCACGUUCGUCAUACUGUGGGCGCCGUUCUUCGUUCUCAACCUGAUCCCAGCCGUGUGCCCCAACUGCGAGAGACAAAUCGACCACAAGAUAUUCGACCUGGCCACCUGGCUGGGCUACGCCAGCUCCAUGGUGAACCCCAUCUUCUACACCAUCUUCAACAAGGUGUUCAGACAGGCCUUCAAGAAGGUGUUGCUCUGCAGGUACAGGAACCAAACGUGGAGACCGUCCAGGUAGGCAUUCGGCCCCGGGAGACCGGGGAUCGCUGUCACCAGGGUUUAACAUCGGCGGUGAACACCACCGACUUCCGGCCCGGGACGGAAGCGGAAGAACCGUGCUCGAUCGCUUCUUUUAACGAAGGUGAAGAAAGAAGAGAAACAUUUGAGAAUACUUUGAAUAUUGUUAAGAUUUGGAAAAGAGAAAUUUUAAAGAUCGUGUUAUAUGAUGAAUCGUUUCAAGUUUUUCAGAAAUGAGUGUGCAAGUUUGGAGUGCAAAGUGAUUGAUUAUUGUUUGAAGUGUGACGGGGAAUCGUUUUGUUUUGUCAAUCAAUCGUUAAAGUAUAUCGAAUAUAUCGAAUAUAAUAAUCGGAGAAUAUUUGAAAAUAAUUUGAAACGAAGGGAGGAAAUUUUGAAGAUUGUAUUCGAAUAGUUUCAAGAUUUUUUUUUAUGAAAGUGACUUUCGAUAAAGUGGGGCGAAGAAUCUUUUGUUUUAUUAAUUAUUAUUGGAAGUUUUAAGAUGAAGAUAUGCUUGUGCUUGUUAAUUUUCGAAGGGAAAUUGUUGUUCACAAGUGAUCCAAGAGAUGCAAUAAACGUUUCUUCUUCCUAUGGGCGGAUUUUUCGAGAGAUCGGAAGUCAGGACACGCAAUUUAGAUUAAGAACUUUAGGAUAAGCGAGAUGGAAGGAGGGAGUUUCGAUGAUUAAGAUUUCCAGGCGGACGUUUUCAUCUUCCAAAAGUGGUUCGACAAGCUUUUGCAAUAUCGAUAAAGGGAACUAGGGUGAACUAGGGUUAAGACGAGGAGAAAGAGCUUCCUAAUAAUAAGCGAGCAUCGAAUUUUGCCAGUGAAUCUUUUCGAAUGAAAUUCUCUUAGGUAUUAUGAUUAAAUCGAAGAGGAAUUCGAAAAUUCCAGUCUUACAAAGUUGGUGUAAUUGAGGGAUUCGUAGUGAAUAUGUUAUUGAAAAUUAUGAGAUUUUUAAUUCUUACAGAUUAGAUGGAUAAAUGAAUAAUAGAUAUAUCCUUAUUUGAACUCAAUAUACUUCAAGAAAUUAAAUAACAGGUAAUGGAAAUAAUUAAAAAUAUCAUAUACUCUAAGAUCUAUUGUUAAGUCAUAAUUACAAUGAUUUAAGAUGAAAUAAAGUAGUAGUUCUAUUCACUUUUGACAAGAAAAUCUUCUGAACAGAAGAUUCUUAUCUGAAAAAUUUGGCUAUCAUUUUUACUACAAAUCCUUCAAUUAUUAUUUAAUAACAUGAGAAUUUUUGAAACGAGAAAUUGAGAUCAUUGACCACUUAACAACACAGCAAGCAAAAAUUUGAAAUUUCGAAAUAAUAAAUAUCAAGGAGUGUAUCUGAACGAUAUUCAUUUUUCAUCGUUUCAUGGAGAGUAUUAUACGUUCUCUUAAUCCUGUAAAUAUGAGAUUUUCAAACCAAUAUUACGAAAGCUUAAUAGAUAUUUUGGACGAUAAUAGACUGUAUCCUCGAGAUAUUUAUUCGCUAUUUCGUGUUUCGUAUAACAACACACUAUGAAAGAGUUGGCUUAUUAAAACCUCAGAAGUUACCUCAUCAGACAUAAUUUCUAUGUAUAUGACUUUUAAUCUGUUAUCUGGAUCUGACACUUUGGAUUCCGCUAUUAAAAUAUACGAUAAACAUUUUGUCUCGAAAUAAUUGAUAAAAACAAAGAAAAUAGAAAAUUAGAAAGUAAAGAUAACUCAUUACUUUACUUCACAUAUCAUUGGUAUAACAAAUUUUAUAUUCUUACAUUUUUUUCUAUCACAAUUUACUUUCGAAUUAUUCAUUUUAAUUAAUCAUUGUUCAACUCUUUAUUUCUAAUAAAUUAUUUUAACGUAGAAAUUAAGUAAAAGUAUAAAAGGAUACUUUUAUAUUUUCAUUUUUUGCAAAAUUUUAUCUACUGAAAAAUAAUUUUUUGGAAAUUGUGUCAUUAUGAAUGGAUGUAAUCAUUGAAUGUACGAGAGUUAACUUCUUUUAAAUGCUAUAAAACAUUUUUCAAUUACAGGUUGUCGCUUAAUAAGAGAUAUUCUUUUGUAUGUAUCAGAGAAACAUCACAAUUGCUUAUUUUAAUCAGAUAAAUUCCGAAGCAACGAUAGAAAUUAAAUGCAAUAAUAUUACAAUAAAUAAUAAAUAAAACUAAAUUAAAAAAAUAAAGACACUUUUGAAUAGCAUUAAAAGGGUUAACUCGCCAUUCUCGAUUAAAAGAUUAAAUAACGAUUAAAGUAAAUGCGCUGCCUGAAAGAGUUACAAUAAAAAGCUUGGCAAAGAUUUUUCGCGAAUAAUGGUUGCGUGCUGAAAUACGUGCUUUAACCCUUCCGCUAUUAGAAAAAUAUAUACUGAGCUGCAAAAGAGCAAUUAUUCGUGGAAGCAAUAAAGAAAAAUUAGAAAAUAUAUAGAAAACAUUAAAAAAAAUUUAUUUAUAUAUUAGUAUUCAGAAUAAAGGAAUUAUUCAUUAUAAAUUGCAUACAAACUCAAUUCUAAUUUGGAAAAAAUCUCAUCAGAAUAUUUAUUAUACAUAAAUUGAGAAAAAUUAGAUAAUCGUGUAAACAAUUGCAACAUAAAUAAAGUACAUAAGCAAAUUCAUUUAGAAAGAUAAGAUUUGUUGCAAUGGAAGGAUUGAUUUGUUACAUUUAUGUACAAUAUACGCACAAUGUAUAAUAGAAAACUAAGUAAUUUGUAUUAUAUAUUACCAAUCGAAAAUCUUAUCAAUUGUAUUUAUAUCGACAAUGAAUAUCUUACUAAUUAUUAAUUCAAAAUCAAUACUAUAUCUUUGAUAGAUUUUUGAUAAAUCUUUGUUAAAAAUAGGAUAAUGAUUUUUAUUAAUUUUGUUAAUUUUUACGAAGUUAUACGAAAUAAGAAAUCACUAUUUGAUUUCAAAUUUUAGAAUAAGCUAGAAAUAAGCUCUUUUUAAGCAGAAAUAUCUUUUGCUUUAUAAAUUUAUUCAAUCUCUUUACUUUUAGAUUCACACAUGUAUCAUAUUGAUUUCAAAUUUUUAACUAUCAUUGUUUACAUAAGAAAAAUCAACGCUCCACCUUUUUUUCCCUUAAAAAAAUAAAAAACAAUUCUCCUUUCUUGUCCUUAAUAAUUCCUCAAUAAAUUUCAUUUCUAGGUUAUGGCUUGAUGUUCGAGCUAUUACCAUUAUUAGUCGAUCUAACCUAACCUAACAUAAUCGUCAAAACAGUUUGCUGUGUUCUUAAGUGCUAUAUCGUUCUUAAAAUAUUCCCAAGAUUCCAGAGUAUAGAGAAUUGUUAUAAUUUGCGCAUGGAAUGCUCUCGAACUUUUAACGAGCAAAAACUGUUAAAUCAGUCGUCGAAUAUACGCUUGUCCGUGAUGAAUUCGCCGUAUAAUUAACGCCGCCUGAUGAAUUGUUAUCGCCUGCUUCGUUUCCGGCGAAUUUUACGCAGUUUUACGCCACGAAAAAAGGCGUCCAAUCGAACGCGCGAAACGAACGUUUUCAAACGCGCGCCCGUGCCUCGUAUCGUUUUUUGGCGCGAAUUUCGAAUCUUCGUAUUCGCUUAAUCCUGCUCUGCGAUCUUUGACGAUUUUUCCACGCGUUCCUUUGAAAGAUUAACACUAAUUUCAAGAGGAAUCGAUCUUCGAUGCAACGUUGAUAGUGAUAAUAUGUACAUAAUAACUUCUCUGUUGAUAACUUCUUUAUACCUAUCGCCUCGUGAAAUUUCAUGAGUAAAAAUAAUGGGUAGUGUACGAGUUGGUUAAAAGAAAAUUAGGAUUAAGGAAAAUGAUUGAUAAAAACUAUAUAGGAGAAAGAUUUUUUGUUUCGUUUUCACAAUCAUACGUGAAAGUAUUCAGUCCAAAAGAUUUUUAUGAGAUAAUGAAGGAGUUUUUGAUUUUGAUUUUUUGAUGAAAAAUAUUUGUUUAUUAAGAAAAAGUGAAAAAAAAACAUACAUUUGAUAUCGAAUAAAUAUUUUCAAAGAAUUAAUCUCAUUGUUUUCUAGAUAUAAUAUUUUAUACACUUUGUUUUAAAUGAUUAGGUUAGAAUUACAUCGAGAUCACGUGACUUAUUCUCAUUCAAAAUGGUCGAAUACUUUCAAUGCGAAUCUUAUAGGUUAUGAAACCUAUAAUUAACUUAUAAUUACUUCGUUCAAAAAAUUUUACAAAAAAAUCUAUUCGACUGAAAACUUUUGCAUUCUUUGUUAAUAUAUCGUGUUCAAUUUUACCAAAGUUGAAAUAAAGAAGGAGAAUAUUAUUGCUUCGAUGAAAUUUAUGGAGACUGAGAUUUGUUUGAACGAACACGUAGAUACUAGUAGAGUAAGUAGAUGCUGAGUGGCGCUUAUGGAAACAGAAGCAAGUAAUGAAAUAUUAAUCCUGAAUUAAAUUAUUGUAAAAUCGGUGGAACCGUUGUUUCAUUUUACUCGCUAGAUAAUGAAGAAGUUGCAGAGUGUUUAACAAUAAAAAAAGAAAAAAGAAAAAAGAAAAAAGAAAAAAAAGAACGAUGUAUCGAUACAAGCGUUGAUAAUUGAAUUCCUAUUAAGUGCACUUGAUAGUUUAUCGUUCUCGAGUUACAUGCGAUUGUUCCUGUCGAAAAUGCUACGGUUAGAGUUCUAUUAUUAUUAUAAUAAAUUGCUCAGUGAUUAACAGUUGUAAGGAAAUAAUUAAUCCUUUGUGGACAGAUUUUGAUAAAUUUCUGAGAACAAUUACGAUAAUAUCAACAUCUCGAUCUGAACUUUCCAUUUAAAAUCUUUGCUAUUAAAUAUAAUGUUAAAUUAUCGUAAAAGAUGAUUUGUUAAAAUAAUAAUUUUCAUUAAUGAAUCUAUAUUUUUGUCCCGAUAAUUAUAAUUUAUGGAGUAUAACGAGUCCACGUGGGAUUAAGAUUAUUUCAAAUCGAAAAAUGCAAAUAAAAAUGGAAUUUUAAAAAUAAUUCCGAUAAAAGAACUUUUAAGAAAGUUCUAUUAAUCGAAAUAAUUAAUACACAAAUUGUUAUUCUGUUUUAAAUAAGUGAUAAGAGAGAAUAUUUAAGAGGUUCCUUAAAUCAAUUUUCAAUACAUUCUGUGUUCUCUUGGUUGAAUUAAAGUUCAAGAAAAAUUAUGUUAAAAUAUUCAAUUAAACAAAACAAACACAUGAAUUCCUGAUAUCUUUUCUUGCAUCUGUAUCAAAAAAAUAUCUCCAUUUAUUUUUUCUUCUGUCUAUUGCAUGUAUCAGUGAUAUACAAUGAAAUUUUACUAAAAAUAAAAAUAUUCUAAAUACU